AUGGGGAUUCCCAAGUUCUACCGGUGGCUCUCUGAGCGCUACCCGCUGCUUAACAUGUCGGUGGCGGCGACAGAGGCGCCGCCAGAGAUCGACAACCUUUACUUGGAUAUGAAUGGCAUCAUCCACAACUGCACGCACGCCAAUGACCCCAAUCUGAAGCUGACGGAGACGGAGAUGGUGGUGCGCAUAUUCACAUACCUGGACAAGCUGAUUCAGAUUAUCAAACCGCAGAAGCUGGUGUUCAUGGCCAUCGACGGCGUCGCCCCUCGGGCCAAAAUGAACCAGCAGCGGGCUCGGCGCUUCAAGUCGGCCAAGGAGCGGGAGGCGCGCGAGGCGGAGAUCAAGGCGCGUGGCGAGGAGAUUGAUCCCGCCACCGCAUUCGACUCCAACUGCAUCACGCCGGGCACGCCCUUCAUGGACCGGCUGGGGCGGCACCUGCGCUUCUUCGUGCGCCGCAAGAUGGCGGAGGACCCUGUGUGGCAGAAGCCCAACGUCAUCUUCAGCGGCCACGAGGUCCCUGGAGAGGGGGAGCACAAGAUCAUGGAGUACAUCAGGUGGCAGAAGCUGCAGCCGGGGUACCCCCCGAACCAGCGCCACUGCAUGUACGGCCUGGACGCUGACCUCAUCAUGCUGUCACUGGUGACGCACGAGCCGCACUUCUGCCUGCUGCGAGAGGUGGUGGCGUUCUCGGGGCGCUCCCGCGGCCAGCCGACGCGCGAGACGCUGGACAACCCCUGCGCUGAGAACUUCAUCCUCUUCCAGAUCGGCCUGCUGCGCGAGUACUUUGAGGUCGAGUUCGGCCUGGUGGGGCAGCUGCCCUGGGCCCCAGGCGGCUUGGUGGACGUGGAGCGCGUGGUGGACGACUUUGUGCUGUUCUGCAUGCUGGUCGGGAACGACUUCCUGCCGGCCCUGCCCACCAUGGACAUCGCGGAGGGCGGCCUCAACAAGCUCAUCACCAUGUACAAGGACGCGCUGCCGCAGCUGGGCGGCUACCUGACGGAUGCGGGUGACCUGCACCACGGCCGCCUGGAGGUGCUGCUAAGGCAGCUGGCAGAGCUGGAGAUGGCCACGCUGCAGGAGCGCGCGGAGGACACCGAGUGGUUUGAGAACAAGAAGCAGAAGCGCGGCGGCGGGCGCGGAGGAGGCGGCGGCGGCGGCAGCGGCACGGGCGCGAGCCUGGGUGGCUUUGGGAAGCUCCGCGACCCGGGCCUGGCGGCGCUGGAGGGCGGCCUGCUGGACCCCCUGGCCGGGGCGGCCCUGGAGGACGAGGAGGACGAGGAGGAGGCCAAGGCGCAG